AUGUCUAAUGAGGGAGAAAAUUGGGACUUUAUGAAGGUGGCGCCUGUUUUAACAGGGCCUUUUUUCAUAGUGAUUGGUUAUAGGUUUCUUGCUUUGUGGUAUAGAAGAAAAGAAGCCAAUGAAAUAUCUCAGCUUGAAAGUUUAAGGGCCCAACAAAGUCUUAAAGUGGAAGAAUUGAAAAAGAAAACUGGUUAUUACACAACUAAAACUUUGUUAGAAAGAUAUGAUUCACCAACAAGACUUCCAACAAAUCAACAGCCAAUGUCUCCUGGUCAAAAAAAUCCAUUAACAACAACGACACCUGGUAGUCUAAAACCUGGUACACCAAAUUCUUUGCCAGCGUUAUUGCCCUCUUUAUCUACAAAUAACAAUUUAUUAUCAUCAUCAAAUGGUAAUCUUGAUGCCUCGAUUGAUUCUUUAUCACCAAGGAGAGGUCGAUCUACAACACCAAAACAAACAAGUAGAGAUUCAUCAUCAGAUCCAGAAAAUAAAAGAUUAGCUUCAAGAUCUACAAGUAGGAAAAGAAAAGGUAGCCAUCAUCGCAGUAGUGCUGAGAAUGAUGACAAUGAAGGCUUUGAAGAUAAUAGAUUUAAGCAUUAUAAUGUUAAAGAUGGAAUUGAUGAUAAUAAUGAAUAA